AUGGUUUUGGAGCUAUCUGCCCAAAGGGCCAACUCACAAAGCAUCAACGUCGACUUUCUGCGAAAGAAGGCCUUUGAUGCGCUCGACCAUCGUGGAAUGUCUUAUGAACUUUUUUCAAUGCUGGUCCAACGGGCUGGCACCAACAUAGAGAGAAUACACACCAUUGCCACCCCGUGGGAGCCGCCCGGCCAAGUCGAUGGCCCCGCUUUGCUGGUGCUGGCCCCUGAAUCCAAGGAGUUUGCAUCCGCCAAGGCAAUCAAUGACAAGUACUGUGCCCAAAUGGAGGUUGCCUAUGGCAAGGGCAGCCACUACAACAUGCUUCAGGGAGAUCAUGCAGCGAUAGCCGCACGAAUUGUACAUCAGUUCUGCGAGAGGUUUGUGAGCAGCGGCGCCCAAAGCCUGGUGCCUGCAGGUCCGGGUACGGCAAGUACUGCAGAGAGUGGAGGUCGAUCGGAUCAGCUCCUCGUGCUGAGGCCGGGCAAGGCACGCGCUCCAACGAUCUACCUGGUGCACGGCUUGGACGGCGAUGCGAUGGGCGGCGGCGGAACCUUUAAAAGCAUUGCAGGCGAAUUGUCAAACUGCAGGGUGGGAGCGUUGGUCUACGAUUCGCAAGCUUUGUCAUGUAACUCCGUGCCGGAGUUGGCAGCUUGCUACAACAGACGCGUUUUAAGUGAUGCAGAAGGGCAUGGUCCAGUCACGGCUGAGAACCCGAUCGUGGUUGCCGGCUACUCCUGGGGCUGUGUCCUGGCGCAUCAAAUGGGCCAUCAGCUUCGGAAGGCCGGCGUCCACGUCGUUGUGGUGAUGUUUGACUUGGAGGUAACUUGGCCACCCCCGGCUACAAACUCGCGGGUUGGCGGAUAUGAUUUCCUUGGUGGCGAGACUGAGGCCAUCCUGCUGCUUUGCAGAGCAUUUGGCAAGUUCGAGUUUGCCGUCAAAGAAGCGGUUGAGCUGACAGCCUUGCAGGCAAAGGGUGGCAGCAUCGAUGUUGAUGCCUUGAAGAACAGAGCCUACGCGGCUCUGAACCAGCGCGGAUUGUCCUUCGACUUAUUCUCCAGCCUGGUGAAGCGUGGAGGUGCCAACAUCCAGCAGAUCCACACCAUCUCGACUCCCUGGCAGCCGCCAGAGAAGUACGAGGGGCCUGCCCUGCUGGUGCUGGCACCAGACUCCGCUGAGUUUGCGAGCGCGCAGGAGAUCAAUGCCCAGUAUUGUACAAAGAUGGAGGUGGUUCACGGCAAAGGGAGCCACUACAACAUGAUGCAGGCUGAGCAAGCUGUGGUGCAAGCUCGGCUCGUGCUAGAGUUCUUGAAAAGGCUUGGCUGUCCUGUGGAGAUGACGAUCUCAGUCCGGACGGAUCAGCUGCUGCUCCUGAGGCCGGGCAAGCCGCAAGUUCCCAAGAUCUACAUGGUGCACGGCUUGGACGGCGAUGCCAUGGGCGGCGGCGGCACCUUCAAAAGCAUCGCGGCGGAAUUGUCGAACUGCAGGGUGGGCGCUCUAGUCUACGACUCCGAAGCCUUAGCAUGCAACUCUCUGCCGGAGCUUGCGGUUUGCUACAACCAGCGUGUUCGUGCAGAUGCAGAAUCCCACGGCCCUGUCACGGCUGAGAACCCGAUCGUGGUUGCCGGCUACUCCUGGGGCUGUGUUCUGGCGCAUCAAAUGGGCCACCAGCUCCGGAAGGCCGGUGUCCACGUCGUUGUGGUGAUGUUUGACCUGGAGGUAACUUGGCCACCCCCAGCUACAAACUCGCGGGUUGGCGGAUAUGAUUUCCUUGGAGGCGAGACUGAGGCCAUCCUACUGAUUUGCAGAGCAUUUGGCAAGUUCGAGUUUGCCGUCCAAGAGGCAGUUGAGCUGACAGAAUUGAAAGCCAAAGGCGGCAGCAUCGAUGUUGAUGCUUUGAAGGAUAGAGCCUAUGCGGCUCUGAACCAGCGCGGGUUGUCCUUCGAGUUAUUCUCCACCAUUGUCAAGCGUGGAGGUGCCAACAUCCAGCAGAUCCACACCAUCUCGACUCCCUGGCAGCCGGCCGAGAAGUACGAGGGGCCUGCCCUGCUGGUGCUGGCGCCAGACUCCGCUGAGUUCGCGAGCGCCGAGGAGAUCAAUGCCCAGUAUUGUACCAGGAUGGAGGUGGUUCACGGCAAAGGGAGCCACUACAACAUGAUGCAGGCUGAGCAAGCCGUGGUGCAAGCUCGGCUCGUGCUGGAGUUCUUGAAAAGGCUUGGCUGUCCUGUGGAGAUGACGAUCUCAGUCCGGACGGAUCAGCUGCUGCUGCUGAGGCCGGGCAAGCCGCAAGCCCCCAAGAUCUACAUGGUGCACGGCUUGGACGGCGAUGCCAUGGGCGGCGGCGGCACCUUCAAAAGCAUCGCAGCGGAAUUCUCGAACUGCAGGGUGGGAGCUCUAGUUUAUGACUCCGAAGCCUUAGCAUGCAACUCUCUGCCAGAGCUUGUGGCUUGCUACAACAAGCGUGUUCGUGCAGAUGCAGAAUCCCACGGCCCUGUCACGGCUGAGCACCCGAUCGUGGUUGCCGGUUACUCCUGGGGCUGUGUCCUGGCGCAUCAAAUGGGCCAUCAGCUUCGGAAGGCCGGCGUGCACGUCGUUGUGGUGAUGUUUGACCUGGAGGUAACUUGGCCACCCCCGGCUACAAACUCACGGGUUGGCGGAUAUGAUUUCCUUGGCGGCGAGACUGAGGCCAUCCUGCUGCUUUGCAGAGCAUUUGGCAAGUUCGAGUUUGCCGUCAAAGAGGCUGUUGAGCUGACAGAAUUGAAAGCCAAAGGCGGCAGCAUCGAUGUUGAUGCUUUGAAGGAUAGAGCCUAUGCGGCUCUGAACCAGCGCGGGCUGUCCUUCGAGUUGUUCUCCACCAUUGUCAAGCGUGGAGGUGCCAACAUCCAGCAGAUCCACACCAUCUCGACUCCCUGGCAGCCGCCAGAGAAGUACGAGGGGCCUGCCCUGCUGGUGCUGGCACCAGACUCCGCUGAGUUUGCGAGCGCGCAGGAGAUCAAUGCCCAGUAUUGUACAAAGAUGGAGGUGGUUCACGGCAAAGGGAGCCACUACAACAUGAUGCAGGCUGAGCAAGCCGUGGUGCAAGCUCGGCUCGUGCUGGAGUUCCUGAAAAGGCUUGGCUGUCCUGUGGAGAUCACAAUCUCAGUCCGGACGGAUCAGCUGCUGCUGCUGAGGCCGGGCAAGCCGCAAGCCCCCAAGAUCUACAUGGUGCACGGCUUGGACGGCGAUGCCAUGGGCGGCGGCGGCACCUUCAAAAGCAUCGCGGCGGAAUUUUCGAACUGCAGGGUGGGAGCUCUAGUCUACGACUCCGAAGCCUUAGCAUGCAACUCUCUGCCAGAGCUUGCGGCUUGCUACAACCAGCGUGUUCGAGCAGAUGCAGAAUCCCACGGCCCUGUCACGGCUGAGAGUCCCAUCGUGGUCUGUGGCUACUCCUGGGGCUGCGUGCUGGCACAUCAGAUGGGCCAUCAGCUUCGGAAGGCCGGCGUCCACGUCCAUAUGGUGAUGUUCGACUUAGAGGUGACCUGGCCUCCGCCGGCGACCACCUCGCGGGUGGGAGGAUAUGACUUCCUGGGCGGCGAGACUGAGGCCAUCCUUCUGAUCAGCAGAGCAUUUGGGAAGUUCGAGUUUGCCGUCAAAGAGGCGGUUGAGCUGACGGAGCUGCAAGCCAAGGGCGGCAGCUGGGAUGUGGCUGCAUUGAAGGAGCGAGCCUUUGCGGCUCUGAAGCAGCGAGGAUUGUCCUCCGAGUUAUUCUCCACCAUCGUGGAACGUGGAGGUGCCAACAUCCAGCAGAUCCACACCAUCUCGACUCCCUGGCAGCCGCCGGAGAAGUACGAGGGUCCUGCCCUGCUGGUGCUGGCACCAGACUCCUCGGAGUUUGCAAGCGCAGCGGAGAUCAAUGCCCAGUACUGCACAAAGAUGGAGGUGGUUCAUGGGAAAGGGAGUCACUACAACAUGAUGCAGGCCGAGCAAGCAGUGGUGCAAGCCCAGCUUGUGCUGGAGUUCCUGAAGAGGCUUGGCUGCGCCGUCGAGAUCGCCGGUCUAGGCCGCAGCGAUCAGCUGGUCAUCCUAAGGCCUGGCAAACCAGAGGCCCGGAAGAUCUACAUGGUGCAUGGUCUGGACGGAGAUUGCAUGGGCGGUGGCACCACCUUCAAAGGCAUUGCUGAAGAGCUAUCAAACUGCAGGGUGGGAGCUUUGGUCUACGACUCCGAAGCUAUGGCAUGCAACUCCCUGCCGGAGCUUGCGGCUUGCUACAACAAGCGUGUGGUGGCAGAUGCUGAAGGCUUUGGCCCCAUCACCGCUGAGCACCCCGUCAUCGUGGCAGGCUACUCCUGGGGCUGCGUCCCCGCCCACGAGAUGGGCCACCAGCUUCAGCAGGCGGGCGUCCACGUCGCUGUGGUGAUGUUCGACAUGGAGGUCUGCUGGCCGCCGCCGCGGGAGAUCUCGAGAUUGGGAGGCUAUGAAUUCCUGGGCGGCGAGGUUGAGGCCAUCCUGUUGAUCUGCCGGACCUGCGCCCAAUCGGAUUUCGCCACGAAGGAGGUGAAAGAGCUGACAGCAUUGAAAGCAAGCGGUGGUAGCGUUGACGUGGAUAGAUUGAAGGAAAGAGCAUGGGCAGCUUUGGAGCCGACGGGAUUGCCCUUCGAGCUCUUCACCACUCUAGUGAAGCGUUCGGGCGCCAACAUCGAGAAGCUGCACUUCAUCUCCAGUCCGUGGCAGCCGCCCGAGAAGUACGAGGGGCCCGCACUUCUUGUUCGAGCAGACUCGCCGGAGUUUGCCAGUGCGGAGGAAAUCAAUGCCCAGCACUGCACACGGCUGGAGGUGGUGCGUGGCCAAGGAAGUCACUAUGGCAUGCUGCAGGCUGAGCACGCAGUGGUGCAAGCUCAGCUUGUUCUGGAGUUUCUGAAGAGGCUGGAAGAGGAGGCUGAGCUGGCCAAGCGGGUGCCAACGGUUGAAGGAGUCCGCAUCCUCGGGCACAGCGCUGGGCCUGGCAUCUACUUCCUGCACGGCUUGGACGGGGGCAGCCUCGCGGGGCAAGACUUGGGAGAGCUGCCCUUCCUGCUGCCGGGACAUGUGUGCACCCUGGAGUACGAUGACAUGGCCUUCGCCUGUGAAUCCGUGGAGUCUUUAGCUGAGCUCUACCGAGCGCGGAUCCUGAAGGAUAUGAAACUCCAGAAAAGGGAGGAGCUGGUGCUCGUGGGUCGGUCUGUGGGGGCUCCCUUGGCGUGCCUGCUGGCGCUUCAACUGCAGCAGGGGGGCGUCCCUUCUUCGCUGGUGAUCCUGGACUCCGAGGUCGUCUGGCCUUCCAAGCUCGAUGCCUUCUGCUACGACUGGCUGCCCGAAGAGGUCGAGGCGACGCUGUGGCUCGCAAAUCUGGCGGGGGCCAAGGACUUUGUGCAGUUUCAGGUGGAGCGCGCGAUUGCGGCCGGCUUUCCAGAGGGCGCCGCCAGGCUGCAGACCGCCAGCUAUGGCGAGUGCGCUGGCAAGCUGCAAGCAUUGGGCAUCUUCUCCCUGAAGGCCUUCCGCUGCGUGUGUAGUUUGGCGAGUUCCAACGCCCAUCGGCUCAGGCAGCUGAUGCGGCCAAAGAAUGGUUCCCUGUGGCAUCCGCCUGGCGUCUUCCAGGGAAAGGCCCUCAUCGUGACAGGUUCAGAGCGAUUGGAGCGUAUGCAGAUGGCUGGGUCCUACCUUGCCAACCUCACGGUGCGCGUGAGCCAGAUCAACGAGCCCUACACGGUAGACUCGGGCGAGGACAUUGUGCGCCACGUCUCUGAGCUCCUCUUCGGAGCACAGGCGCCUGCGCCGGGGCUUCUAGCCCUUGACAAUGCGGUUUCGGCGGUUCCGGCGGCACCCGCGCCCUCGGAGAAGACGGCGGUGUACUUGAUACCUGGAUGCGACGGCGACAUGUUCGGCCAUCUUGCCCUUGUGGCAGAGACGGUAAAAUGUGCCACCUGCCGGUUGCUGGACUUUGACGAUGAGGCCUUGAAGCAGACCACGCUGAUGGACCUGGCGGCGGUCUUCGUGAAGCGCAUACUGCGCGACCAGGAGGAAAGCCACAGCAGGUUCAGCAAGGUGGCGCUGGUGGGGCACUUCAGCGGCGCCAACGUGGCCUUUGAGAUUGCGCUGCAUUUGCAAGACACCUUCAAGGUGUUCCUGGUGAUCCUCCAAGGCGAGGUGAAUUCCUUGGUGCCGCCGGAACGCUGCUGCGAAGCCUGGCUUGGCAGCACCUGUGAGGCGGUGCUGUGGAUGGCGGCGGGCCUGGGCUACGAGAGUUUUGCCCAGAAAGAGGCGAAUGCGUUCAGAGCCAAGCAGGUCAACAUCUCACCAGGACUGCUACAAGCGGUCUUCGCGAAUUCCGCGGAAGGUCUUUCCACCGAGUAUAUCACGGCGAAUUGA